ACUUCAAAAAUUAAAAUCCACCCAUCCCUAGUUCAAAGAAAUCUAGCCACACAUGUUUAUGUUCUCAACAGCCAUGAAAAAUAAAUCCCAGCAGAAAUUCAUAGUAAAAAAUCAGAAAGAAAAAAACCCAAACAAUGGAGAAUUGCAGUUUGCCAAAUGCUGUGCUGUUGUCCAGAAGCAAGGCUGGCGGAGAAGAAGCAAGAUUGGGUGGUGUUGAACAGAGGCUGGGCGGUGUUGAACAGAUUUCAGGGUCCUCUUGUGCAGAUUGGAUUCGGGUCCCUCCGAUUAGGCUGGGCGGCGGCUUUUCCUCCAAUGUUCAGAGCAAUCUCAUGCGGCUGUCUCCUCUUCAAUUCUGCUGAGUAGCAUAUAUAUAUAUAUAUAUUUAGAAAUUAGAAAUCCUUAUUUCUUUUAACCCUAGCAGACAUGGGUUAUGGGCUCUAUUUUGGGUCUGGACUGCAGUUGGCCCACACCUAGAGAACACAGCCCAAGUCUCUUUAUUUCUGCACUCUGUCCAUUGUCAAAACCGUCCACUUCAACUUGAAUUCUGUAUUGAUAUAGAAGGAACUGGGUUGAGCUCCUAAACAUCAAUUGUAGCUCUGCUUCUUAGCUUUCCAAUGCCUAAAGAAUAACUCAAUCUGAUACCU